AUGUCCGAGCCGAACCCGCCGCGCCGCCCCCUGGCGACCUUCCUGCGCACUGCGUCGGCGGGUGAAGCCGCGCCCGCGACCGAUGCGCGCAUGCAGGACGACGCCGCACCCGCAGCGCCCACGGUAGAACCUGCGGCCGAUCCCAUCGAGCCAAUGCAACCGCCGGCGGCAGAAAGACGACACGAUGAUGACACUUUCAUCGUGGAGGACGUCGCGCCCCUCGAACCGGCGCCGGUCGCGGUGCCGGCAGCGGUGGCUGCUGCCAGUGAUGCUCCCAGUUUCCUCGGCAGCGCGCGAGCGCGCACGCUGCCGGCACCGCGCUGGCACUGGCUGCUGGUGGCAGGUCUGGCACUGCUGCUGGUACUGCAGAGCGUGCUGGCCGACCGCGCGCGCCUGGCCGCCGACGCCGGCAACCGUGCAUGGCUGGCCCCCCUGUGCGGCGUUCUCCAUUGCAGCCUGCCGCCCUGGCAUGAACCGGCCGCGUUCACCAUGACCAGCCGCGAGAUCCGCCCACUGCCCGGGCAGGCCGGCGUGCUGCAGGUACAGGCCAGUAUCCGCAACGAUGCGCGCUGGGCGCAGGCCUGGCCGGACCUCCGCCUGUCGCUGUCCGAUGCCGAUGGCCGGGUGAUCGGCAGCGGUGUGUUCCCCCCUGCGCAGUACCUGGGCGAGCCUCCCGGCACCGCGCAGCUGGAACCGGGCCAGAGCGCACGCAUUGCGUUCCGUGCUGAAGACGCCCAGCCGUGGCAGGUCGAGCACGCUCGCGCUAGACUGACCGCCACCACCUCGUCCGGCCGCGCGCUCCGCGCGCACGGGCCAACCGAAUCGGGAACCCCCUUGAACGCUGUCCUUUCUCGUCCUGACAACAGUCGUGGCGCUCCCCGGCCACCGCUGCGUGAACACGUCGCCCAGUCCGUGCGCCGCUACCUGCGUGAUCUCGAUGGCUGCGACGCGGACGAUGUCUACGAGAUCGUGCUGCGCGAGAUGGAGAUCCCGUUGUUCGUGGAAGUGCUCAACCACUGCGAAGGCAACAGUACUCUGCGUUGA